AUGGUAAUCAAGAACUUAGAUAGCUACAUUUCGGAGUGGAAACAUGACCAAACCUUGCCUUUGUCAACCCUUGCAGAAUCGCGCUUAGGAAUUGACGCAUCCCAUUACCUGAGUAACCUCCUUGACAAUCCCACCACAAGAGAGUCCUAUCUCGCUGCGACUGGUGGAAUUCCACUAUCAUUGGCGUCGCGGAUCGAACAGGACUUACGUGCCCUCGAGAAACUGCAUAUCAAGCCCGUUUUUGUAUUCCCUGGCCUUCCCCCUAACAAACGCAUUAGCAAGAAUACACCCCAGCAAAAUGCCGCUAAACAGAUGGAAGCCGCCCAAGCUCGUCGCGAUGCCUGGAACUGCUAUGAAAGUGGGCGUAACGAUCAAGCGACCAAGCUAUUCGAAUCAAGGAGCAACGUGGAACAAUGGGAUCUCUGGCGUCCUGUUCUCCGUAUUUUUAGGCACCGAAACGUCGAAUUUAUAAUUGCACCAUAUUCGUCCUUAGCUCAGGUGAGUCUUUCUUCUAUUUUUGAUCUUGUGUACCUUCAACGACACCCUAAGUCCUACGUUCAUGCGCUUUAUGGACCUUCAGAACUUUUGCUCUAUGCCGGGGUUGAGAAGGUCAUCCUCUCUCUGGAUCUUUCAGCACAGUCGAACUUUACCUUCGUCACUAAAUCUAAGAUGAUGACCGAUCUUCAGCUCAACGAGGACCAGUUCCUCGACCUCGGAUUACUUUGUGGCUCUGAGUACUCCCCCACACUCCCGCCGAACGCCAACGAGACUUCGAUUAAGCCCUUUGUUGAUUUUUUGCGGUACUAUAAGUCUGGUUUCGUCUGCAUUACAAGUGCAUUUCUGGAUAAUCCCUUGAUGAAACAGAGCAACUACGCUGAAACUUUUGCCCGUGCUCGUUGCAUGGUCAAAUUUGCACUGGUUUUAUCUUCCGAAGGAUCUGUGGUCCCCUUGCCUAUUGCUCUUUCGGGAGGUUCGGGUGGCACUACUACGACUGCAGCAGACAUACCAUCAGAUCUACACGAUAUAUUUACGAAUAGGCUUCCGGAUGAGGUUUUCUAUUACUGUCCCGCGGCCUUUUCACUCCUCAACCACUGUCCGAACGCGGCGCAAACCACGUCUUUGGUUGAGCGGGUAGUAAGCUGGAAUGUACCGAGCACUAUUGUAGAAGAUGAACUUCGGAGACAAUCGUCUUCGACUAUCGAUUUUGCUUUAUGCUUGGGCGCUACAUCGACGGAUAAAUUAGCAUCAAGAACACGCACAAAGCCCAACCUGAACCAUCCGCUCGAGAAAAAGGAUGAAGUCGUCGCGAACGUUAUCUGGCGUUUCCUUGAACUAAGAGGCCCGCGCUUUGCAUGCUACGCUGAGCUCAAAAUGGUCCGAGCUGGGGUCAUUCAUGGAAAUCUCUGGAGUGGGCGCGCUUACAGCGGGGGCCCGAGCUUUGGUGAUGACGAAGAGAAAAAGAGUAUGCUUUUAAUUAUGCGGGUACUCAGCAUUGUUCCUCUUUCUUGCCAUCCCCAACCAUGGAGCGGACCGCUUUCCCGAGAACUACUCGUUUUCAACUCCUUCCUCCGUUCGCUGUCCAAGGCACUACGCACCUUAGUCGAGACUGUCGCCUUGAAUAUGCUGCUUCAGCAACAUGCUCGACGACCACGAGAAGACCUUCUUGAAAUCGCCGUAUCUUUGCCUUUUCAGCAAGAAGUUAACACUGGAUACGGAAUUUUGGCAAAAGUUUACCUUGAUGCACUUGUCGCUAUGAAUGGUGGUCCUGUAAAGUCACGUGAUGAUGAAGGUGUCCAAGAGGCCAAGGAUGGCGCGAUGGAACUGGUCGAAGAAACAUUCACUGGAGUCAAAUAUCCCAGGUACGAAGUAGAACGUGGCUUCAGAUUCUGGGAUGCGGCGCUGAGUGCCAUCAGGAACCUCAGUCAAGAUGAGUCUGGGUCUGUAGUAUCUGCCGAACUCGUCGAAAGCUUUGAAAAGGCUCAGGCUUGGCUUGCUCCUAUGCGGCCUUAA